UAUCAAGAUAAGUUUAGAAUUGUCCCUAUCUUAGUUGGAUCCCUGAAUCCUGAAAGAGAGGCCGUCUAUGGGAAGAUUUUUGCCCGCUAUUUGGCAGAUCCAGAAAACCUGUUUAUCAUCUCUUCAGAUUUCUGCCACUGGGGAAAACGUUUCCAUUAUACUUCCUAUGAUAAACGGCACGGAGACAUUUGGAAGUCGAUAAAGGCGCUUGAUCAUACGGGAAUGCAAAUAAUCGAGAGCAUGAAUCCAAGCGCCUUUUCUGAUUACCUGCAGGACUAUCGAAACACGAUAUGUGGUCGACAUCCUAUCGGCAUACUCUUGAAUGCCAUCGAAACGCUACGUUCCGGCUCAAACGAUAGUGAUGGUAAUAAUGCUCGGACGCUCCACGGAGCAGCUCAGCAGUUCUCCUUAAAAUUCUUGCAAUAUGCUCAAUCAGGACAGUGUCAAAAUAUGGAUGAUUCAUCUGUCAGCUACGCAGCUGCGUCUUUGGUCAUUCAAUAG